CCCCAACAGUAUUUUAAUGUGUACUUUACAAUGAUCCGCACUGACUACUUACACAAACAAGCCCAGGAAACGGACGACAAAGGCAAGUUUUUCCUUUCUGCGUCUGGGGCACCACUGGCCAAUCCUAUGGCAGAUGUUAAACGGCUUUUCCAAACUUAUAAACACCUGCAGAAACAGGUGCAGGAGCUCCAUACUUGUGGUGAGAGCAGUACUGCUGCAUCGACCGAAGAACAUGGAACACUUACCCAGGAGGGCACAUCUAUCCAGGCCAUAUGUGCAUCAGUGUUUAAACUAAGAUACUGGGAGUCCUUUAGGGACAAAUUCCCCGUUACAGUGAAUGGGAAUGCUCCCACCAAGCAACAGGCAACAGAGGCGGGGUUUGAAAACUAUCGUAGUUAUUACCACAAAUGGAGGGAUGUUCAGACAGGCCUUCCAGACUUUAAACUGAGGAUCUCAGAGAUCUCAGAGAAUUCACUAAAGAGUGAUGUUCUCUACGGAGGACAAAACUCCAUAGCUGGUAGCCAGGAUGAUAUAGAAAUGUGCGGAAUAAUGAAACACAUCAUCACACUUUCCGAAGAUGAGGAAAGCAUCCAUCCUACGAAGGUGUCGGAGGGUGAGCCGGCAUUUGCAAACGUGCAGGACGAUGAUGAUGAUGAAGAUGCCCUUACCACAGAGGAGGAGCUGUGCUUAAGGCAGGACACGAUGAAGGAGUUUUUCCUCCAGCAGCUGAAG